AUGGCCACCAGAACCCAAUUUGAAAACUCCAACGAAAUCGGUGUCUUCUCCAAAUUAACAAACACUUAUUGUUUAGUUGCUCUUGGUGGAUCUGAGAAUUUCUAUUCCGCAUUCGAAGCUGAAUUAGGAGAUGCCAUCCCAAUAGCACAUACUACCAUCGCCGGUACACGUAUCAUUGGUAGAAUGACCGCCGGUAACCGUAGGGGGUUAUUAGUUCCAACACAAACUACAGAUCAAGAACUACAGCAUUUAAGAAAUAGUUUACCAGAUUCAGUCAAGAUUCAAAGAGUCGAAGAAAGAUUAUCUGCAUUAGGUAACGUUAUCUGUUGUAACGAUUACGUUGCUUUAGUACAUCCAGAUAUCGACAGAGAAACAGAAGAAUUAAUAAGUGAUGUCUUGGGUGUCGAAGUUUUCCGUCAAACUAUAUCAGGUAAUAUAUUGGUUGGUUCUUACUGUGCGUUGAGUAAUCAAGGUGGGUUAGUUCAUCCACAAACUACUAUCCAAGAUCAAGAAGAAUUAUCCUCUCUUUUACAAGUCCCAUUAGUUGCAGGUACAGUUAACCGUGGUAGUUCCGUUGUCGGUGCUGGUAUGGUUGUAAAUGAUUACUUAGCUGUCACUGGGUUGGAUACAACUGCUCCAGAAUUAAGUGUGAUUGAAAGUAUUUUCCGUCUACAAGAUGCUCAUCCAGAUGCUAUUUCUGGUAACUUGCGUGAUACUUUAAUCGAAACUUAUUCUUAA